GAGAGGGCGAACCUCUGGCAGGAGCGAAGGUGCCAUGGCCGCGGGGUUCCGGGGCUGGCUCCCGCCUGUUUUAUACCUGCUGCUAUGCGCUGUCGGUCCCGGUAUAUCCCACGCCAGGAAGGUGCUGUUGGUCCCAAUGGAUGGCAGCCACUGGCUGAGCAUGCGUGGGACCAUCCAGCAGCUGCAGCAGAGAGGACAUGAAAUAGUGGUCCUAGCGCCUGAUGCCUCGGUGUACAUCAAAGAAGGAGCAUUUUACACCUUGAAGAGCUACCCUGUGCCAUUCCAAAAGGAGGAUGUGGAAGCGUCUUUUGUUGGUCUUGGGCAUAAUGCUUUUGAGGACAUUCCUUUCCUGCAGCGUUUGAUUAAAACAUACAAGAAAAUCAAAAAGGACUCAGCUCUGCUUUUGUCUGGCUGCUCCCACUUACUACACAACAAGGAGCUCAUGGCCUCCCUGAUGGAAAGCAGAUUCGAUCUGAUGCUGACAGACCCGUUCCUUCCUUGCGGCCCCAUCCUGGCCCAGUACUUGUCUCUGCCUAUUGUAUUUUUCUUGAAUUCACUGCCCUGCAGCUUGGACUUUGAGGCUACCCAGUGCCCCAACCCAUUGUCCUAUGUGCCCAGGCCUUUGUCUGUCAACUCAGAUCACAUGACCUUCCUGCAACGGGUGAAGAACACUCUCAUUGCCUUGACGGGUUGCUUUAUGUGCAAUGUGGUUUAUUCCCCUUAUGAAUUACUUGCCUCAGAAGUCCUUCAGAGACAUGUGACGAUCCAGGACCUUUUAAGCUCUGCAUCUGUCUGGCUGUUGAGGACUGACUUUGUGAAGGAUUACCCCAGGCCCAUCAUGCCUAAUAUGGUUUUUGUUGGUGGGAUCAACUGCCUUGACAAUAACCCACUAUCCCAGGAAUUUGAAUCCUACAUCAAUGCUUCUGGAGAACAUGGAAUUGUGGUUUUCUCUUUGGGAUCAAUGGUCUCAGAGAUUCCAGAGAAGAAAGCUAUGGAAAUUGCUGAUGCUUUGGGAAAAAUACCUCAGACAGUUUUGUGGCGGUACACUGGAAGCCGACCAUCGAAUCUUGCAAAGAAUACAAUACUUGUCAAAUGGCUGCCCCAAAAUGAUCUGCUUGGUCACCCAAAGACUCGUGCCUUUAUCACCCAUUCUGGCUCCCAUGGUAUUUAUGAAGGAAUAUGCAAUGGCGUUCCAAUGGUGAUGAUGCCUUUGUUCGGUGAUCAGAUGGACAAUGCAAAGCGCAUGGAGACUAAGGGAGCUGGAGUGACCCUGAAUGUUCUUGAAAUGACUUCUGCAGACUUAGAAAAUGCCCUAAAGAUAGUUAUCAAUGACAAAAGCUACAAGGAAAACAUCAUGCGCCUCUCCAGCCUUCACAAGGACCGCCCCGUGGAGCCGCUGGACUUGGCCGUGUUCUGGGUGGAGUUUGUGAUGAGACACAAGGGGGCGCCACACCUGCGCGCCGCGGCCCACGACCUCACCUGGUACCAGUACCACUCCCUGGACGUGAUCGGCUUCCUCCUGGCCAUCGUGCUGACGGUGGCCUUCGUCGCCUUUAAGUGUUGUGCUUUUGGCUGCCGGAAAUGCUUCGGGAAGAAAGGGCGAGCUAAGAAAGCCCACAAGUCCAAGACACACUGAGAAGUGGGUGGGAAAUAAGGUGAAAUUUUGAUCAAUUCCAAACUUGAAAACAGAAUCAGUGUUAAAUUCAUUUAUUCUUAUUAAGGAAACAUUUUGCAUAAGCUAGUCAUCCCUAGAGUGGUUUGAAAUAUUUUUUUUUAACAAAAAUAAUCGAAUCACUAGUCAAUAAAGAUAUUUGAAUAUGAAUUCUGUCCCCUCCAGUACCUUUAAUCUGGAUUACACUUGUCGUCUUUCAGAUGACUUGCAUAGAGGGCUGGCAUGCUGCAUCACCCUUCUUAUUCAGGAAUGUGGCCUGUUUGGUGGCGCAGAAUUCAGAGGUGUUGCCACGCAUGGCUGCCCCCACUUCUGAUGGCGGUUUUGACCUCAUCAUCUGGCUUCUAUAGAUUGUUGUGAUUGAUCCCCUCACCCAUAAUAAUCUGUCCUCACUUAAAUUCGUGCUUCAUA